GCGCGCCGGGGAGUCGGAGGCUGGCCGCCGGUUUCGAUUAGUGCGCGGAGCUGCGGCGGCGGAGCAGGGUGUGGAGUUGUGCGGCCCGGAGUCGGGCGGCGAGGCGGCGGGGCGUUGGCAUCGGGGGCGUAGGCGCGCGGGGUCCGGCCGGCGACCGCGAGGGUGUGGAGAGGGGAGCCUGAGCGCGGGCCACGGCCGCUCUGACCACGGAGCCCGGCCACCGCAGCGCCCGCAGUCGCGAGCGCGCCCAGAACAGAGCGCGAACGAGUGCGCGCGGGCGGGGCGCGCAGGCCCUGCCCGCCCCUUCCGUUCCCCACCCCCCUCCGCCCCUUCCUCUCCCCACCUUCCUCUCCUCUCCUGCGCCCCCGCGCCGGGCGCCCACCCUGUCCUCCUGCGGGAGCGCGGUCCGCGGCGGCGGCCGGAGCGGGCCGGGCCGGGCCGGGGGAUGGCGCUGCUGGACUUGGCCUUGGAGGGAAUGGCCGUCUUCGGGUUCGUCCUCUUCUUGGUGCUGUGGCUGAUGCAUUUCAUGGCCAUCAUCUACACCCGAUUACACCUUAACAAGAAGGCAACGGACAAACAGCCAUAUAGCAAGCUCCCAGGCGUGUCUCUUCUGAAGCCACUGAAAGGAGUAGAUCCUAACCUAAUCAACAACUUGGAGACCUUCUUCGAAUUGGAUUACCCCAAAUUGCAGGGUAGUUGGAGUGACUUAACUAUUCCAAUACAGAGAUUCCUAGCAAAUAAAAUGAUCAAACUGAAGACACAGUAUGAAGUCCUCCUUUGUGUACAAGAUCAUGACGAUCCAGCCAUUGAUGUGUGUAAGAAGCUUCUUGGAAAAUACCCAAAUGUUGAUGCUAGAUUGUUUAUUGGUGGCAAAAAAGUUGGCAUUAAUCCUAAAAUUAAUAAUUUAAUGCCAGGCUAUGAAGUUGCAAAGUAUGAUCUGAUCUGGAUUUGUGAUAGUGGAAUAAGAGUAAUUCCAGACACACUCACUGACAUGGUUAACCAAAUGACAGAGAAAGUAGGCCUGGUUCAUGGUCUGCCAUAUGUAGCAGACAGACAGGGCUUUGCCGCCACCUUAGAACAGGUAUAUUUUGGAACUUCUCAUCCAAGGUCGUAUAUCUCUGCCAAUGUAACUGGCUUCAAGUGUGUGACGGGAAUGUCUUGUUUAAUGAGAAAGGAUGUGUUAGAUCAAGCAGGAGGGCUUAUAGCUUUUGCUCAGUACAUUGCUGAAGAUUACUUUAUGGCCAAAGCCAUAGCUGACAGAGGCUGGAGGUUUGCGAUGUCCACUCAGGUUGCAAUGCAAAACUCUGGCUCUUACUCGAUUUCCCAGUUUCAGUCCAGGAUGAUCAGGUGGACCAAAUUGCGAAUUAACAUGCUUCCUGCUACAAUAAUUUGUGAGCCAAUUUCAGAGUGCUUUGUUGCCAGUUUAAUUAUUGGAUGGGCAGCCCACCAUGUAUUCAGAUGGGAUAUUAUGGUAUUUUUCAUGUGUCAUUGCCUGGCAUGGUUUAUAUUUGACUACAUUCAACUCAGGGGUGUCCAGGGUGGCACACUGUGUUUCUCGAAACUUGAUUAUGCAGUAGCCUGGUUCAUCCGUGAGUCCAUGACAAUAUACAUUUUUUUGUCGGCGUUGUGGGACCCUACCAUAAGCUGGAGAACUGGUCGCUAUAGAUUGCGGUGUGGAGGCACAGCAGAGGAAAUUCUAGAUGUAUAACCACAGUUUUGUGACUGUACAGAAAGGAAAGAAGAGAAGUAUUAUAAAUUAUGUUUCUAUAAAUACUUUUAAAAGAUCUACCUUCAGUAGUUUUAUCACAUGUACAUUUGAUAUCUGUUCUUUAAUUUAUUUUGCAUGGCACUUGCAUCUGUGAAGAAAAAAAAAAAAAACAAAAACACAUCUGUAGUCUUGGCCAAAUGGUACACUUUAUUUUGUGGACGUAGUGAAUCAAGAGAAUUGGUUCUAGGAACCUGGGUUUGGUUUUUUGUUGUUGUUUGUUUAUUUUUUAAAAAUAAAUAAAUAUAUAUAUAAAUAUAUGAACGCUCUGCAGCAAACACUAUGACAGUAUCCUUCAGUAGAGAAAGUUUCUUACUGUGAGUACACUCUUCCAGAACAUUCAUGGGGUGGCAGCAGCUUUGUGUUGGGGUUUAGGAAAGACUCGAAAGUAACCCCUCGACAUGUCUAAAGUGAAAGGUAUGAACGUGGUGAGCAGCCCACAGCGAGGUACUAACUAAGAAACUUUUUCAUGCUCUAUGCCUACCUCUUGUAGUUGUUGCAGAGCAAAUAUAAAUUGUAAUAAGGUAGCUAGGCCUUGCGAAAACAAAUGGGAAAACUUUAAAGAUAAUAAUAAUAAAAGAGCUGGAGUCUAGUAUUUAUAUGAAUCUGUGAGAGAGAUUUUUUUGGUCUCACUGCAAUGAACCAAAAGUGGUUGAGUUUGGUUUUUAAUUGUAGCCAUGUAUCGAAGGCAUCCUUUUGACCAACUCGUGUUGGUUCUGUUUUGAACCAUUGUUAAUCACUGUGCUGGUAAACCUUUCCUUCCCUGCUCCUUACCCGACCCCACCCCAUCUUUCCUGAACUUUUUUUCUUGGGGGGAGGGAGGGAGGGUUGGGGUGGUUUUGUUUUAGUGUGAGUGGAUGUUUUGAUAGUUGUGAGGAAAAAUGCAUUUCAGACACAUUUCACACAUGAGCUAUUUUCUUACACAGUAUGUCUUACUGUUAAAAAGAAUGUAAUUUCAUGAUACAGGUAUUUAAUAUCUUUUUUAAGUAAGUAAAUAUUCUAGCCAUCAAAUAAAUUGCAGUAGAGUAUUAAGUGGGGACAGGAUGAGUUUUACUCUUAAAAUUAAUCAGUAUCAAACUAAGUCUACUGUGUGUGUUGUUUUUUUUUUUUAACUCUUAACAGUCUAGUCUUAUUUAAAUUGGAUUUUUGUAUUCCAGUUUGUAUGACAGAAUGGACUAGAUCAGUGCUAGUUGUAAAUGCAUGCUGCCUUUCACUCCUCUCUCCCCAUCCCGCUGCCGAACUUGCUUGUCAGGUUGUGCUUAACUUGUGGUGAACUGGACUAGUUUUUGUUUUUUGUUUUUUUUUUUUAAAUAGGCAAAAAUGUAGGGGACAGUGCAUAAGCCUUUUUUCUUUUUUUUUUCCUUUCCUGUCAUGGAAUUUUUGCUUUUUCUUCAGGAGAUGAUGGCAUGUUGUCCACAUGAACGCCUGCUGCAGGGCUGACGCUGGCAAUAUGGCAGCUUUAAAUUCUAACUUACUGUAGUUUCCGUGUCAGAGCGUAAUGUGUAGCAUAUCAGCAAUAAUUACAUAUUUAUAGAAAAUGGACACAUUUUCACUUCACUGAGCCAAUUCAUUUGUCUAAUGACUAACAUAGUCGCGGCUGUAAUAUGUCUGUUAAUGUGUAUAUACUGUGUAUACACAUUAUGUAUAAGCUUUUCUCUGGGCCAGACUGCUUCAUUUAAAAAAAAAUUUUUUUUUUUUUUUUUGCGCCUUAUGACGAAUUUGUUUGAAGGGCAUUUUCUUCAUGAACAAAGGCUUUGAUGCAUAUUCCUUGCUAUGUGAAAUGGGUAGUAUUGUUCCCUGAGGAAAGUUGCACAGUGAAAACCAGUCUAGUUGUGACCCACUUUGUGUUGUUGUUUUUUUUAAUCUCUAUUACACAAGUUGAAGUUUGCUGAAUAUGUUUGUAAUUUGUUGGUUUGUUUAACGAAGUUUGGUUGAUGCCAUCUUUUGCACUGCGGAAGUGAAAUCUUGCUUAUUACUUAGCUUUUUGCUAAUCUCAGUAUGGGCAAUGUAACAACAAUUCCAAAUGGCUGGACAGACUUCUUGUGUUUUGUAAAUAUAAAAAAUGACUGUUCUGUACGUGUGUUUUAUGUGGUAAAAUGAAGCUUAAGUGAACCUUCACUUACAUGGAGUGAUUCUCUGUUUAGCAAGUUUAGAGUGGUGAUAAUAUGGUAAGAAAUAAUAUAAAUGUUGAAGAAAGCGUCACAACAGAACUGUAGGAGUCCAAAUUUAAUAAACCGUUUAAAAAAAGUGUCUAGAAUAUACCACGUUUUAUUAUUUAAAAUCAUUGUAUUAAGUUUUUUGUUCAAAAUAAAAAUUUGAAUACAAUCAAAACAUUAACAAUAAUGUAGUUUUGUUUACUGUCUUUCCUUUUCUUAUUUUAUAUUUUUAUAAAAACGUGUUCCACCAUUCACAUCAGAAUUACUGGGAGAAUUCUGUCAAGUGUUAAAUUUGAAAUCUUCCUUUUUACCUACACUACAGUCAGCCUCAUGGCUUAACAUUGGGCUUUUCUAUGUUGGUGGCACCCAGAGAACUCUUUUUUAAAAAAUACAGAUGCCUGGGCCCUGCCCACAGAGAUUCUGGUUCAGUUAUUCUGGGGUGAGGCCUGAGCUCUGCUUGUUCUGAGCAGGCAGACCUGAGAAACACUGGCCCGUAAUCUCCUGGAGAAGAGACCCAUUGGCCCCUUUGGCCCCCUCCUGCCUUGGCUCACAACCUGACUCAGCCUCUUAGAUGGUACCACUCCAGUGGCUGGGAAAGGCCCAACCAAGGACAGGAAAGGAAUGGCUCCACUGCUGGAGACCUACAUGGGAGACUGACUGAGCUGUCCCACACACUGUCCAGGGCCAGGCUCCUCCCAAGCUGCAGGCAUUUCCAGACUUAUUUCACCAUCAGCCUGUGAGGGAAGACUACUUUGAACUGGAGAGCAGCUCCCAGGGGAGGAAGAGUCUAAAAGGAAUUUGAAAUGAUGAAAAUGUUUUGCCAUAAAACAGUGAUGGUUGCACAACCUUGUGUAUAUACAAAAAACACUGAAUUGUAUACUUUAAAAGACAAAUUUUAUGGUCUGUUAAUUAUAUCUGAAUUUUUUGAAAUAAAGGAAAUAUGGAAACCAC